AUGAGCGUGCCAGCUCAGAGUAACCGGAGAGAGAAUUGGUCAAGACAUAGAGGUGUCCAAAGUGAUCGGCGUGAGUGGGUACAGCGUGCUCCUGCUUCCCGUUCCCCUGCCACGGAUGUUGCCAACACUGGCACUGCCACUGCCACUGCAGCUUCCAAUGAUGUGAGGCCUGCUGUGACUGUUGAAAGUGUUUAUGGAAAUGUGAGCUCAAAUAGGCCGGUUCACCCGGCCAACCGUAACAGAGUACAUCCGGGGUCAAGAGGCAUCGUAGGUCAUCAUCCAAAUCAGAGGAGGGAAAGGGAGAAAGAGAAAAGGAGGGAUCACAAUCAAGAGGCAAAAGGACCAAAGGAUGCGAACCUGCCGUUACUUGUCCAAGAAAUUCAGGAUAAGUUGAUGAAAGGUGCUGUUGAGUGCAUGAUUUGUUAUGAUAUGGUUAGGAGGUCUGCACCAAUAUGGUCUUGCUCCAGCUGUUUCUCUAUUUUUCACUUGGCAUGUAUUAAGAAAUGGGCAAGAGCUCCAACUUCAGUAGACUUGUCUGCAGAGAAGAGUCAAGGAGUUAAUUGGAGGUGCCCUGGUUGUCAAGCAGUGCAGCUCACAUCAUCAAAGGAGAUUCGAUAUGUUUGCUAUUGUGGGAAAAGGCCGGACCCUUCUUCAGAUUUGUAUUUGACUCCACAUUCUUGUGGAGAGCCUUGUGGUAAGGUGCUUGAGAAGGAAGUCCCAGGUUCUGAUAUGUCAAAGGAGGAUCUUUGUCCCCACACUUGUGUUCUGCAAUGUCAUCCCGGUCCUUGUCCUCCUUGCAAGGCUUUUGCUCCCCCGCGGAUGUGCCCGUGCGGGAAGAAAGUUAUUACCACAAGGUGCUCUGAUAGGAAGGUUGUUCUUACAUGUGGACAGCAGUGUGAUAAGCUUCUUGAUUGUGGGCGUCAUAAUUGUCAGCGGACUUGUCAUGUCGGGCCUUGCGAUCCGUGUGAAGUCGUGUUUAAUGCCUCGUGCUUUUGCAAGAAGAAAACUGAGGCAAUCCUUUGUGGAAGCAUGUUUCUGAAGGGAGAAAUUAAAGUAGAAGAUGGGGUUUUCUCAUGUAAUUUUACCUGUGAGAAGAAUUUGGGUUGUGGAAACCAUGCAUGCAAUGACAUGUGCCACCCUGGACCCUGUGGUGAAUGUGACUUGUUGCCAAGUAAAAUCAGCUCUUGCUGCUGCGGUAAAACCAAGUUAGAAGAAGAUAGGAAGAGUUGUCUGGAUCCGAUCCCGACAUGUUCGCAAAUUUGCGGUAAAAGCCUGCCCUGCAGGUUGCACUAUUGCAAAGACACAUGCCACGCUGGAGUUUGUGCACCAUGUCCUGUGCUGGUAACUCAGAAAUGUCGCUGUGGGGCUUCUUCUCGCACUGUUGAGUGCUACAGAACAAUGGACCAGACAGAGGAGUUCACAUGUGACAGACCUUGUGGGCACAAGAAAAGUUGCGGCAGACAUCGAUGCAGCGAACGGUGUUGCCCUUUGUCUAAUUCAAAAAGCCCUGUCCCCACUGACUGGGAUCCACACUUGUGCGCAAUGCCAUGUGGUAAGAAGUUAAGGUGUAGCCAGCAUUCAUGCCAAUCAUUGUGCCAUAGUGGUCAUUGUCCUCCCUGCCUGAACACCAUUUUUACCGACUUGACUUGUGCUUGUGGAAGGACAUCGAUUCCACCACCACAGCCUUGUGGUACUCCCCCGCCUUAUUGCCAGCACCCAUGUUCAGUUCCUCAGCCUUGUGGCCAUCCAUCCACUCACAGCUGCCACUUUGGUGACUGCCGGCCCUGUACUGUUCCAAUAGCAAAAGAGUGUGUUGGUGGACACGUAGUAUUAAGGAACAUUCUAUGUGGUUCAAAAGAUAUACGAUGCAACAAAAUUUGUGGUAAGACAAGGCAGUGUGGCUUGCAUGCAUGCGCUAGAACUUGUCAUCCAUCACCUUGUGAUAGUCCUACUGAAACUAGUAUGGGCAAGAGAGCUUCUUGUGGCCAGCCUUGUGGUGCUCCACGACGGGAUUGCCGACAUACUUGUACGGCCCUUUGUCAUCCAUCGGUGCCCUGUCCUGAUGCUAGGUGUGAGUUUCCUGUUACAAUUUCUUGUUCCUGUGGACGAGUGACUGCAACUGUCCCUUGUGAUGCUGGAGGCAAUAAUGGUGGGUAUAUUGCUGACAAUGUCUUGGAAGCUUCUUUGGUCCAGAAGUUGCCAGCACCCCUUCAACCUAUUGAAGCAAAUGCAAAGGUACCGCUUGGUCAGAGGAAACUGAUGUGUGAUGAUUAUUGCGCUAAGACAGAGCGGAAGAAGGUUCUUGCUGAUGCUUUUGGUGUUACAUCUUCAAACCUGGAUGCACUUCACUUUGGUGACACUGCAUUUGUUUCUGAGGUGCUUAGUGACGUCCUACGCAGAGAACCAAAGUGGGUGUUAGCUGUCGAAGAGAGAUGUAAAUAUCUGGUUCUUGGAAGAGGCAGAGGUGGCAUUAAUGCCCUUAAAGUGCAUGUGUUUUGUGCAAUGUCAAAGGAGAAGACAGAUGCAGUGAGAGUAAUAGCAGAUAGAUGGAAGCUUUCAGUAAAUGUUGCUGGUUGGGAGCCAAAAAGAUUUGUCAUUCUUCAUGUUACCUCCAAGUCCAAAGCUCCAGCUCGCCUCCUUGGAGGAAAAGUUGGUAUCUCCAAUGGUAUGUUGCAACCCCCAUUGUUUGAUCCUUUGGUGGACAUGGAUCCUAGACUUGUCGUUGCUCUAUUUGAUUUACCUAGGGAUGCAGAUAUUAGUGCGUUGGUCCUGAGGUUUGGUGGGGAAUGUGAGCUUGUCUGGCUGAAUGACAAGAAUGCUCUGGCUGUAUUUAAUGAUCCAGCCCGAGCAGGUACAGCCAUGAGGAGACUGGAUCAAGGUUCACUGUAUUAUGGAGCUGUAGUAGUUCCGCAGAAUGUGGGAACAACAGCUGCAUCAAUUACUGGUGGUUUCAGAGGAUCUGGACCUUCCAGGGAUGGGUCUCUUAAUCAAAAUCCAUGGAAUAAAGUAGUAAUGCAGGAACCUGAUGGAGGGGAGAGUUCAUGGGGUGCGGAGGAGGAAUGGACGGAUAAUGCUCUUGAUCCGCAGCCAGCCACUCAAAUGAGUAACGAAUCUUCUAUUUCUGCUCCCAACAGAUGGAGUGCUCUAGACUCCAAAAGUAGUGUUCAAAGUUUUUCCACGACUACGGUGCGCAACAACAGUGAUGCUUUGAGCAAACCAAGGACUACCGUGGUGUCAACUUUUGAAACGGGAAAUAGUAGUAGUUCAGUUUUGACAGGGCAGCAGCCGCAGCAGCAAGAAGGUGGGGAUGACGACGAUGUUGAUGUAGUGGAUGAUUGGGAGAAGGCGUACGAUUAA